GGCCUCCCGCCCAUGUACUACGCUGACAACUUCGACGCCUACACCGACUUCCUGAACGUGCUGAAUUCGAGCAUCCCCGCGUGUUCGCCGGGCUGCGAGGAGCGGAACGUCAGCGUCGCGGCCAAGGUGGACGAGUUCUUCACCACCGUGAAGGAGCUUGCCCAGAGCUACCCGCAGGCGAAAUUCAUUUUCAACACGCGCAACCAAGGGGUGUGGCUUGCAGGCCUGGUCAACAACUGCUGGGGCAACGUCAACCCGAAGCGCGAGUGGGUCCAGUACCUGCAGCGCUGGGAGGAGUGCUGCGGCUCCGAGCACGGCAGGUGGGGCAACCUCUCCUGCUGGAGGCACCGCCGCCGCGACGCCGCAGAGGGAGGCGGGCAGCCCGGAGGGCAGAGCGCGGGCAGCUACCAGUGGAUGGUGCGGUCGUGCUGCGAGCCGCUGCGGGUGUUCCGCUGGGCCUGGCACGCCAUGCACGCAGGCGUGGCUUCCCUCUUCGCGGACGACCCGGCGCGCCUGCUGCAUUUCGACAUCGACACCGCCGGCGAGGGCGAGGCGCUGGGCGCCUUCCUGGGCGUGCCGCACAUCCCGGGCGCCUGGCGGCGCAUACGCCGCGGAAUCUUGCAAGAUAAGCUCCGUGGCGGGUACCUUCUGGCAGAAUCUGAUUAUUGUGGGUCGGCGGAUUUCCUGCAAUCGUUAGGGGAACGAUGUGAGAGCGGGGUUGAGCUUCACUGGCAGCGGCGGCUGGGUACGUGA